AUUACACAGAAUAUUGCACACUUAUUAUUAAUUAUGGCGGAGAUGUAAUGCAAAACAACGUAUACAUAUGUUAAACAAAGGUAGCGGUAUGAAAAUGUGCAAAACCAGCAUAACAGAAAGUGUCAUGCCAUUUGUUUAUGGAGAGCCGAGGAUGAGGAGGGAAGAAGCUGGAGUCUGGUGGGACGGCAGCAGGCUGUGGCUGGAGGGGGGUUAACCACCGCUGCUGGAGGGGGGUUAACCACCGCUGCGGGCCUCCGGUCCUGGUCCGGCACAUGCCCUGCCAGUUUGUGGUGUUUGGCACGGGAACUUCUUCAGCUUCCUUAAGAAAUGCAGCCGUUUCUGAGCUUUGAGCAGGUGGAGGUGUGAGAGGGCCGUGUCCGGUUCUCUGUGAUGCUGAUUCCCAGGAACCUGAAGCUGUUCACCUGCUCCACCUCAGCUCCCCCUCAGCUCCACCUGUGUGUCUUCGCCUCCUUUUUCCUAAAAUCAACGAUCAGCUGCUUGGUUUUGCUGCCGUUGAGCAGCAGGUUGUUCUCCGUGCAGCGCGCUGCAAGAUGGCUGAUUUCCCCCCGAUAUGAAGUCUCAUUGCUGUUUGUAAUCCGGCCGAUGAUGAUGGCGGUGUCGUCCGCAAACCUCGCCACAGAGUUGCCUCCGUGUCGGGGGCUGCAGUCGUGGGUGUACAGCGUGAACAGGAGGGGGCGGAGCACUCGGCCCUGGGGGGCUUCAGCACCAGAGUGGAGGAGGUGUGACCGCCAAGCCCAACUGUCUGGGGUCUGUUUGUAGUCCAGUAUCAGGUGCAGAGUGCGGUACUCGAGCCCAGAGUGCUGAGUUUGCCAGUCAGUGUCAUGGGGGAGACUGAGUUGAACGCUGAGCUGAAAUAAUCAUUAUCUGAACACAAAGUACAGACUCUGGCCUAAACUUAGUAAACUCGUCUAUGUAGUUCCUGCGGACAUGUACGGUGAGAGACACUUGACCUGAACUGUAAAGGAACAACAGCAGACCUGAGAGCAGCGGGGCUCCGCCUCCGCUCUGCCCCGUAGCAUGAAGGCACUGCAGCAGCGAAAUUACAGCUUAGAAGCAACAACAAAUAAAGGAAACCUGAACGAAACAUGAAAUAUACCAAAACUGAAUUUCACCCUGUUUAUUUUAUUCAUGUGCUGACAGUUUUUAUUUGAUCACAAGUUAUAUUUUAGUUUGAAGUGUUAUAUUUAAGUAAAUAAACCAACUAGUUAACUCUGCAGAAAUGUGUUAUAGGCUGAGGCACUUCUGGGUAAAAUAUAACAUUUUUUUACUUCCUCAAAAACAUUUUUUACAUGGAGUUUCCUCUGCUGUAUAUACAGCAUUUCACUGGCAAACUGUCGCUUUUAUUGUGAAACUCCGCGCCGGGGUCACGUGGUGGUCGGCGUGUGGCUUGACAGCAGGUCAGAGGAGGAGAGAAAGGAGGAAUGAAUCAUCGGGAGGAGACAGACUGAUGAGAGACACUCAGAGGACAUCUGAUCUGAGACCAGCUGCACAGCCUCUCGCGCAGCAGCAGGUCCCUGAACGCACCGCGGGUCACCGAUCCCGCCGGGAGUCCUCCGUGUUCCUCUGCGUUUCUGGCCGAUUCUGGUGUGAAUGAUGUCGGAUCAGAUCUCCGUGUGUGAGUUCCUGUCGGAGACCACCGAGGACUACAACUCCCCCACCACGUCCAGCUUCACCACCCGGCUGCAGAGCUGCAGGAACACCGUCAGCAUCCUGGAGGAGGCUCUGGAUCAGGACCGCUCAGCUCUGCAGAAGGUGAAGAAGUCGGUGAAAUCCAUCUACAGCUCAGGACAAGAGCAUGCUGGGAACCAGGAGAGCUUCAGCCAGGCUCUGGAGCGACUGGGAGGAAACAACUUUGAACUGGGAGCAGCCUUCGUUAAGUUCUCCUGCCUCGUUAAAGAACUCGCCGCUCUGCUUAAGAACCUGCUGCAGAGUUUGAGUCAUAACGUGGUCUUCACUCUGGACUCGCUGCUGAAAGGAGAUCUGAAGGGAGUUAAAGGGGAUCUGAAGAAACCUUUUGAUAAAGCCUGGAAGGACUACGAGACCAAGUUGAAAGUGCAGAAUCUGAACACUAAUAGUGCGAACAGCACAAAGAUCGAGAAGGAGAAGAGGGAACACGCCAAACAACACGGGAUGAUCCGAAGUGAAAUCACCGGAGCUGAAAUCGCUGAAGAGAUGGAGAAAGAGAGGAGGCUGUUCCAGCUGCAGAUGUGUGAGUAUCUGAUCAAAGUCAAUGAGAUUAAAACCAAGAAGGGAGUGGACCUGCUGCAGAACCUGAUCAAGUAUUACCACGCUCAGUGCAAUUUUUUUCAGGACGGUUUGAAAACAGCCGACAAACUGAAGCAGUACAUCGAGAAACUGGCUGCUGACCUGUUCAAUAUCAAACAGAGUCAAGACGAGGAGAAGAAGCAGCUGACGGCCCUCAGAGAUCUCAUCAAGAGCUCCUUACAGCUGGACCAGAGGGAGUCCAGGAGAGACUCUCAGAGUAAACAGAGUGGAUACAGUAUGCACCAGCUGCAGGGAAACAAGGAGUUUGGCAGCGAGAAGAAAGGAUACCUGCUAAAGAAGAGUGACGGGCUGAGGAAGGUCUGGCAGCGAAGGAAGUGCUCAGUGAAGAGCGGCGUCCUCACUAUUUCUCACGCUACAUCCAACAGGCAGCCUGUCAGACUGAACCUGCUCACCUGUCAGGUGAAACCCAGUGCAGAGGAUAAGAAAUGCUUCGACCUCAUCUCCCAUAAUCGGACGUACCACUUCCAGGCGGAAGACGAGCCGGAGUUUGUCAGCUGGGUGUCUGUGCUGACCAACAGUAAGGAGGAGGCCCUGAACGUGGCGUUUCAGGGCGGAGGUCAGAGUUCAGGUGUGGAGGAGGAGGAGGAGCUCACCAAGAGCAUCAUCGACGAGGUGCUGCGGUCGCCAGGCAACGACACCUGCUGCGACUGUGGAGCUGCAGAUCCUCGCUGGAUCUCCACAAACCUGGGCGUUCUGACCUGCAUCGAGUGUUCAGGGAUCCACAGGGAGAUGGGAGUCCACGUGUCCAGAAUCCAGAGUCUGGAACUGGACAAACUGGGAACCUCGGAGCUGCUGCUUGCUAGGAAUGUUGGGAACUGUAGUUUCAAUGAGAUCAUGGAGGCCAGCCUACCGUCUCCAUCCCUGAAGCCGACGGCCUCCAGCGACAUGACAGCGAGGAAGGAGUUCAUCAAUGCCAAGUACAUCGACCGCAAGUUCGUCAGGCGUACCGCGUCCACGUCGACCAGCAGGUCGGAUGACGUGUACGAAGUGGUGCGAUCCAGAGAUGUGCUGUCAAUCAUCCAGCUGUACGCUGAGGGGGUGGAGCUACUGCAGCCCCUCCCCGAACCAGGCAAGGAAGCAGGAGAGACGGCGUUACAUUACUGUGUUCGGACAGCUGAUCACACCUCUCUCCACCUGGUCGACUUCCUGGUCCAGAACAGUGGUAACCUGGACGGACAGACGGACAGAGGAAACACAGCUCUGCAUUACUGCUGUCUGUACAACAAACCACAGUGUGUGAAGCUGCUGCUGAGAGGAAAACCUGACAUCCACAUCACCAAUCAGAGCGGAGAGACAGCGCUGGACAUUACCCGCAGACUGAAGAACUCCCAGUGCGAAGAACCGUUGGUGGAGGCGGUUUGUGGCAGGUUUAACCCUCACGUUCACGUCGAAUACGACUGGAACCUCAGACUGGACGAACUGGAUGAGAGCGAUGACGAACUGGACGACAAGCCCUGUCCGGUGAAGAAGGAGCGCUCUCUCCGUCCUCAGAGUUUCUGUCCGUCCUCCAGUGUUUCCUCUCAGGAGAAGCUCUCUUUGCCGGCCUCCUUCGUUCCAGCUCACCGGGACAAGCAGCGGCUCUCCUAUGGGGCAUUUGCCAAUCCUGUCUACAGCACCUCCUCCGAGAAUCCUCCAUCCCCCGGGCCCGACACCUCUGGACCUUCACCGGCUGCCAGGAGCCAGGGGAAAGGCCCCGCCGCCAGCCCGCCCACCUCCCUCGCCCUCACCUCCCAGACCAGUGGAGGAGGAAGCUCCACCCUGAAGAAGAGACCCCCUCCCCCUCCACCUGGACACAAGCGCACCCUGUCCGACCCCCCCAGCCCAGUGCUGCAGGGACCCACAGGUAAAGGAAGCGAGUUGACCCCCCCACCUGGAAACAGGACCAACAAGUUUGAGGGAAUCCAGCAGCAGCAGAGUACGACCUCCAGUAACACCAAGUCCACGCUGGGACCCAGAGUUCUACCCAAACUGCCUCAGAAAGUGGCUUUAAGGAAGAUCGACACCAUCCACCUCCCCUCUGUGGACAAACCCAGCCAGCCUCCAGACCUCCUCCACAAACCCUCCUGCUCUUCCCAGUCCGACCCCCAGAAGUCUCCUCCCUUCAUUGACACCUCCCCUAAACCCCCUCUCACCUCGGUGGACUCCGCCCAGAGAGCCCCAUUGGCGGAGAAGCCCCAGCUGUCCGACCUCCCCCCCAAGCCUAACCUGUCCGACCUCCCCCCAAAACCCCUCCUCAAAGACCUCCCGCCCAAACCCCAGAUCGCAGACCUUCCCCCCAAACCGCCACUCAGUGACAGGCCUGGCCCCGCCCCUGUUGCUACAGAGACGCAGGGAUCCAAGAUGGCACCGGCAGCAGAGAGCCAGUCGUUGGUCCAGCAGGGGGAGCUGUCCCCGCAACAGGCCGCUGAAGAUGUUGACGAGUCGGCGCCCGGUGCCGUGGAGACGCCCGUCCCGCUGCCGCGCAAAAUCAACACUGUGAAGAGCAAAAUCCGGCGGGUGAAAACCAUCUACGACUGUCAGGCCGACAACGAGGACGAACUGACCUUCGCCGAGGGAGAAGUCAUCGUCGUCACUGGAGAGGAGGACCAGGAGUGGUGGAUCGGACACAUCGAGGGACAGCCGGAGAGGAGAGGCGUCUUCCCCAUGUCCUUCGUUCACAACCUCUGUGAUUGACAGCCACAGAGACACGUGUGAGGCCGCCGCCCAGCAGCACGAGCCCCGCCUACCUGCUGAGGUCACACAGGUGACAGUGGGCGGAGUCAGUCAGUUAGUGAGUAACCGGCUGCUGACCAAUAGGAACAAACUAAACCAAGUCUCAGUUAAUGAAGUCCUCGCUGUACAUAGACUCUAUUAUUCUGCCUAACAGUGUUACCAUAGCAACCCAGCACGCAGACCCGGGCGGGCCGUAGCAAAGGAGUCUACAGAGAAGGAAAACGCACACAGGUGAGAGGAAAGGUCAGAGGUCAGUCAAAUCUGAAGGGGUCGUCCUCUGAGCAGCAGGACUCUGAUUGGACCGACGGCGCCCUCCGCUGGCCCAGCAGCGAAUCACGCCACCAGCCAAAAACUCAGAAGCACAAGAAAAGAAACACAAGCACAACGUUAGUGAACGGAUCAUCCACCAGCGUCAGUGGACGGUCGACCGUCACCUUCAUCAGCGAGGUCCUGCGUCACCUCACGCAGAGGGAACUGUCCUCCUCGUGUUCUGGCCCGCGGGGGCUGCAGCCUAGCACCUGUGAGGCACACCUGGACGGAUCGCCACUCUAUAGUUCAGCGCUGCGGACUGUCGGCCCCACGAGGGGGCGCUGGUUCGGUGCAGCGUGUGUUCGUAACGUGUUCCCCGUCCUUGGUCGUGUUCUCGUUCACUUUUUCUUGUCGUCCAGCCAAAUACAAAAAAACAAAGGAGCGCUCCGUCUUGCUCCCGUGAGGCCGCCAUCUUGUUUUCCGGUGCGUGCGCACCGACAGACGCCACUCCCAGUCCACCUGCUGUCUCCACAACCCAGCCCGGCUGAUUUAUCACACGGUUUAAUCUUCUCCCACUUCCCGUGUCUUUGUUUGUCGGCUUAUAAGUAGCAAGAGGUGUUUGAGGAACUUUCAACAGUAUCCAGGUGAGUCUGACCCCAGUACAGCUUCAUGUGUGUCAGGUGAGACCUGGAGUGAGGUUUUAGAUCAGUUUCGUCAGUGUGACUUUUCCUUCUCUUCAGAUUCCUCAAAUCUCUCCGAAGCCGACUGUUCGCUCUAACUGUAUUUACUGUAUCUAAGUGUAUAAAACACACACCUGUGCACACCUGUCCCCUGUGUAUGUUUCUGUGCAGGUCCUCAUCAAUCCGGUUUCGUCUCAGCGGAACCGCACUCUGAUUUCAUGAUUUCGAGUCUCGUGUUCUUAAAGUUUGACUUUUCUUUCAAAAAGUGAAAACGCGACGACUUUCUCCCCGAAGUGUUUCAGGUAAAUCCACGAGAGGAUUCAGCGUGAGAGGAGACGCUGCCUGCGAGUCCCAGAGAGCGAUAAGAGGGAAUAAAGACGGAGACCCGUUAGACCCGUUAGACCCCUCUUAGAGCGAAGAAUAAAACCAAUCAAGGAUCAAUUGACGCAGAUGAUUGAUUGAUUGAUUGAUGAUCUGUCAAAAGUCAAAUCAAGAAGUUUUAAAAUCAGUUAAUCUCAGCGUAUUCGAGUGAUUCAGGCGCCGCCGGCCUCGCCGUCACACGUUUUCACUUUCUGUUCUGGAAAAGAUAAAUUCACUAAAUGAGUUAAAGCGCUCGCAGUUACUCACUGUUAACUUACUUUCAUUGAUCAGGAUGUAAUUAAGGUGUUUCAAAAGCGAUGAAUCAAUGGAUGAAUUGGUUGUAAUAAUAAUAAUUAAAUAACGUGAAAACCGUCCAUUGAUUUUUACAGUAAAAGGACUUAAUUUGUCAGGGAUGAUUUCAUCAAUCUUAAAAUAUGAUAAUCCAUUAAUUUCCAAUUAAUUAACCCCACAGUUGGGGUGAACCUUGAAUUUGCUCCUCAAGUUCAAGUUGAGGGUUACCUGUAAUGUUAUUUUGUAAAUUCAAAGGGUUUUUACCCUUUAAAAAAUCAAAUAUUUCAAAGUAACCUGUAAAUUAAGGGGAAAGUCGUGUCCCUUCAGGGGUUAGUUAAGGGUUCAGUGAGGACAUUUUAAGGGAUUGUUGUUUUAAAGUGAUUGUGAAAAGGCGGACAUUUUGUAAUUUGGUGGCGUUACAAUCGAAUCAGGGAGUGUGUGUUAUACAGAUGUGAAGCUGAAAGCUGUUUAUGUUGUUGAUCGGUGGAAACUGACUGUUCGGUUGGAUUAAUGAGCUGGAUGUCUCCAGGACAUCUGGAUAUGACAUUUAUGGAAGAAGAUGUCUUCAUAUCUGUCUGGUUUAGCAUUAAUCUGAUCCAGGAUGAGGGUCUCGCAGGUUUACAUCUGCAGCAUCAGGAAAUAGUCUGAUAGCAUUAAAGGAAUUUAGAUAAAUGCUCUUGUUCUCUGUCGUCUCUCAGUACAGUGAGAGGUGUUUAGCCUAGCUUAGCACAAAGACUGGAAGCAGGGGGAAACUGCUAGCCUCUGUAAAAAAACAACAGACAACUCUGUCUGAUUUACAUGUUGACUUUGAGCGAGACAGAAAACUUCGGCCUAUGUAUAGAAAUCUCAUUUAGAUGAUUCCUGUCCAGCAUGUCGACAGAGGCUGUACCUCCAUUAACCUGCCGAGCUUCAUUUAUUCUGCAUUUUAUGACUAAAUAAUCAAGACUCAGCGUAACGACAGAAGGAAUAUUUCAGUCACGUUAGUUUCAUUCAAGAGCCUCAGUUUGCUAAUGUUAGCUUGAAGCUCAAACAGGAAACCAAUGUUUUGAAGGCUAACAAGCUGCUGCUAACUGAAAAUAAAUGCUGUCUAGUCAUACUAAGUUAAGUACGUUAGCCAGUUAGCGUAGCGUUUUAGAUUACAGGACUGUUCAGUCACAAAGUGAUUCAGCAAAACUAAUCUUAUGAAGUUAUUACCGUGACUUUUGGAGCUCCGUGCGUUCACACGUCUUUGUGAAGCAGGUGGCUCGUUCAGCUUAGCAUCGUGAGCUACUAUAGCUGGAGAGCUAACCUCUAAGAUGCUAGGUUGUGGUUGAUACUGUCACUAGCCAGCCACAGUAGCUGGCAGUGACCAAGCUAGCUAGCUAGCUAGCUGGCAGCGAUUCAUUUGAAAGUAACUGUUUUGCUAAGAAGUUUUUAUGCUGGUGAGUUUUUCGAACACGGCACCUUCCACAAGCGUUUAAUGCCUUUUGUCCACGUAGCCCUGUAGAUGUUAGUUACACAGUCGGAGGGAAAGCUGAUGGUUUGUUAAAGUAUUGAUGAGACGCAGCAUUAGAUUUCAUCCCUAAAUACAAAUAUUUCUUGCUAGCAUGGCGGCUAACCAACGCGUUAGCUAAGGACUCUCAUGAGAAUGAGGUUAUCAGCAUUAUCAGCUCUGUGUGCUAGUUAGCUUAAAUGCAACCAAGCUAAUGAGCAUGACACUAAACUGUCUUUAAUGAAAAGUUAUAUGUGUUUCAACAUUGUUUUUGAAAGUGAAUUAAUUAUUAUUGGAAACAGUAAAACACCCUGAGAGCCGAUGUUAACAAUGAAACAAACAGUAAAGUCUCUGUUUCUGAAUCUUCUUGUGAAUUUGUAUUUUAAAGGAACAGUCCGACAUUUAAAUCCUUUUGUUCUCAGAGUCAGACGUUUCCGAUGGAUCAGUUUCAUCUGUGUCCAGUACAGAAAUGGGUUAGCCUAGCUUAGCACAAACACUGGAAGCAGGGGGAAACAGCUAGCCUAGCUCGUAACGCUACCUUCAAUAAAACACAGCUGAUCUCGUCUGACAAACAGAAGGAUUUCACGAAACGUCCGACUGUUUCUUAAAGUUUGAUGUUUGAUGUUUGGAACCGGAGGAGUCACCAAAGAAAAAAGAAGACGUUGUCUUGUAAUUAUGACUUCCUGUCAGCUAAUUAGCAUUAUGGCAGCGAGACAGCGUUAUCCUUGGUAUAAAACCAUUUUCAUGCGAUUGUCAUGUUUCGUGUUGUGAUUAUGUGAGAACGUCUGCGUUGUUUUCCUUUGGUGUUUCUGUGGUGUUGUGCUGAACACGUUGACCCCGUCUGGCCUCGUCCGGACCGGCGGCUCUGGAUCCUGGAAGGUGAAAUGUGCACUCUGAAGUUUAACGUGUGUUUAUUUAGCGUUUGUGUCAGGAGGGACAAUAAAACUGUUACUGCAAACGUA